AUGCCUCCCAUCAGAGUCGGCGUUAUCGGCUACGGCUCUUCAGCCAAAGUCUUCCAUCUUCCGUACAUCCUCCCAAAUCCAGACCUUCAAGUCCAUGCUUUUCUACAGCGUGCUGAAGCUCCAGCUGACAAGACGAAUGUCGAGCCUGGGAAUCAUUGCACGGUGGACUACCCCGAAGCAAAGCAUUACCGCACGCCCGAGGAUUUCUUCGCAGAUCAAGAUAUCGAUCUCGUCGUCGUCUGCGCCGCGCACGACACGCAUGCUCACUUCGCCGAGUUGGCACUUGUAUCAGGCAAACAUGUCAUCGUCGAAAAGCCCUUCACCAUAACCUCCUCCUCCGCCGACCACCUCAUCUCCCUCUCCAAACAACACUCCAAACUCCUAACCUGCUUCCAAAACCGACGCUACGACUCCGACUUCCUCACCCUCCGCUCCCUCAUCCGCCAAAACCUCUUCGGAAAAAUUACAUCUUUCACGAAUACCUACGACGUCGACAACCCGCCUUGGAUCCACUCCAACAAGACCGGCAACGCCAAACCAGGUGAUGGACUGUUGUAUGGUCUAGGAUCCCACUCGAUCGAUCAGACGCUACAGUUGUUUGGGUUACCGAAGAACGUGACUGCGUUCAAGAGGUCUUUGUUGACGGAGAGUGGGGCGGACGAUGCGUUUUGGAUUGUGUUGCAGUAUGAGGGGGAGAGGGAGGGGUUGGUUGUUACGGUGAAGACGACGGCUGUGGCGCCUGUGGGGAUGGAGAGGUUGGUGAAAUUUGAGGUGAGAGGGACGGAGGGGACGUAUUUCAAGACUGGUGAAGACCCACAGAUUGAGCACCACUUCAACGGUCUAAAAGCGGACGAUCCAAAGUUUGGUGUGGAGCCGGAGAGUUAUCAUGGCUACCUCAGCACUACCAAAGACUUCGAGGGGCGGCCUCAGACGCAUGAUAGUACGAAGAGGUUCGAGGGAUAUGUGCCGAGUUUGAAGGGAUCGUACGUGGACUACUAUCGUGACGUUGUCUCUGCGAUUCGUGGGGAGAAGGAGCUUGUUGUCAAGCCGGAAGAGGCGCGGGAUGUGAUUCGAUGUAUUGAACUGGCGAAUGAGUCGGCUGAGAAAGGGCUGACUGUGGCGUGGAGCUGA